UUUACUAUCUGCGAUUGCGCGCCGCCGCUCAUUGGCUGAUAAUCGGUCAACAACAGGGUCAGGGGGACACCCCGGGACACCGGACACGCGGGGCAGCAUGUUUACAGCCACGCACGCACAUAAUUAGCUCCUCGAGACGAUAGUCUAGCUUUAUUUGAUUUUAUUUUCUGUCUGGAGACGUUAUCUCGUCUCGGCGAUGUUCCUGUGCCGCGCGGGCAGGCUGUCGUCUGCGGGUCCCGCGUGUAGGGCUCCGGGCUUUCUGCUGCUUCACGGACCGGGUCAGGUUACUCUGACAGCGCCCGCGGGCCGACACCUCCACCGGUGCCGGUUCUUGACCGGGCCCGUCGAGGAAUCCCGGGCAGAGCUAAACUGGGGCACGCGGCUCGGUUUUGUAACCGCAGACUGGAGACUGCUGAGCCGCGCGCGCACUGAGGCUGCGCGUCAGUCUGGGGGUGAAUUUGACAGAGGGGGCGCCGCGGGGGGGCUGUUCACAGGUAACUGGGGGGUGUCCUGUCGACGCUCCUUCACCACCAGCAUGCAGAGCAGAGCCUCGUCCACGAAGCAGAGCGCGGAGCCGCGCGACAGCAGCAAAAAAGACACAUCUACCUCAACCCCUGAGAAAAGUCCUGAGGAAAUGCCGGAGCCUGAAGAAGGAAAACCUAACAAGACUCAGCAGCUUAAGAAGGUCUUCAAGGAGUAUGGAGCUGUAGGAGUUUCCUUUCACAUCGGAAUCUCACUAAUGUCUCUGGGAAUGUUCUACCUCCUUGUAUCAAGUGGGAUUGACAUGGCCGCCAUUCUCUGUAAAGUGGGCUUCAGCGAGGCCGUGGUUCAGUCCAAAAUGGCGGCAGGAACCAGCACUUUUGUCCUGGCCUACGCCAUCCACAAGCUCUUCGCCCCUGUUCGCAUCAGCAUCACUCUGGUGUCAGUUCCUCUCAUCGUGCGCUACUUCAGAAAGACUGGACUCUUUAAGCCACCCACGCCCGCACCCUGAUGACUCCCCUCCUGCUGCCUCAUUAGGCUCCCCAAUAAAGCGCUUGUAUAUAUUCUUACCUCUUUGUCUUCUGCUAAGUACUCUUCAUCAGUUUGUGCUCAUUUGUGAAUCUAGAUAAAUUAUGUUUUGCGGGGUUAAAACUGAGAUUAUUUUAAGAAAUACUUUUAGCCUCCUUCCAUUCUAAGAAGAGAGAAAUAACACUAACCAUUAGAAAGAAUAUUUGUUAAUAUUCAGGGAUUUUCUGUCUCAGUUUUGAGCCGUUUUACAGGCUUAUCGCCUCAUACUGUCAAGGAUUUGGAACAGGAGGGCUUCCUGCCUCUGCUGUUCUUUCUCCUGACAUUUUCUCACCAUUUUCUCUCUGAUCCUCCUUUGCAUUUUGUAAUGCUCUCAUUCCAACUCAUAGCAUCAUUUGAAAUGUGAGUCAAAGCUUCUUUGAUAUAAAUUUUACUGCAAUCUUC